UCCUGUAAUGUGAUGCAAAUUCAACGUCGAGCUCGUUUAGUCCCACCCUUUUGUGUUUCCCGCACCGUCAAUCAAAAUAGAAAAAAAAUCGACCCGAAUUCAACGAUCAACACUAGCCCGCCUUUGAUAAAAUAAUCAUGUUCGGAGUUUGGUCGGUGUGGUAAUCCGCCAUAUUUACGCUAUGGCUGAUACGUAAACGGUUAGCGCAUCGAAGCGGCAACUAAUCGGUGAGUUUGUGAGCGCGGCGGCGAAGCGAGCUGCGUCUUUUUAUCGUUAGCUCCGACGCUAACUAGCUGGAUAUGGUCAGCUAACCGAGCUAGCUGGCUACCUCUCGGAGUUGACAAAGUAAAACUGUCGGCCUGGGCCCGAACGCUCCGGGGGAUCUACGGCGCUACGCUGAAUUUCGCAGACGGCGGACCGCAGAGCCGGGGAUGCUUUGCGGGCUUUUCUGGCAGGCAGGAGUUGAAGAUUGCAGACUUUUUUCUCGGCUUCCCCCUCUCUCACUCUCCCCGCUAGCGCCAACAGCCGUCUCUGAAACAAGGAGAAAUGGCGUCCGCGGACGUGGACAGCAGUCAGAGCGAGUUCCUGCAAGCUGGCGGCGCGGCCGAAACACAGACAACAGACAUGUCGGCCAUUCAGUUGACGGGCUCGGACCGGUGGGAGGUGCUGACCCCCGUCUCGUCCGCCAAGGAAGACCAAGGCGUCAUCCACAUUCCUAACUCGGGGAUCGUCACGUCCAACGGGCAGUACGUGCUUCCAAUCGGGAGUCUUCCCAGCCAGCCCAUUUACGUCACCGCGUCUGGGAACGAGGCCACGGCCAACGGGGUGUCGGGCAUCCAGUAUCAGGUCAUUCCCCAAAUCCAGAACGCCGACGGGACGCUGGCAGGGUUCUCCACACAGGGACUGGACGACGGCACGGGCCAGAUCCACCUCCUCCAGGACGGCAGCCAGAGCAACAUGGGAAUCAGCUGCUCCACGACGGCGGCCACGGACCUCCUCACGCAGGCGGGCCAGGUCCAGUCCAUCCAGGGCGUGUCGCUGGCCGGAGGCUCGGCGUACGCCAGCACCGUAGGGCUUCCCGGCAACAUCACCUUCGUCCCCAUAAACAGCGUGGACCUGGAGUCCCUCGGGCUGACGGGGGCCCAGACGGUACCGAUCGCCACCGGGGUGACGCCCGAGGGCCAGCUGAUCAUGAGCGGCCAGCCGCUGGAGAGCCAGAGCCAGGACGGCGGCAGCAAGCAGUCGCUGGUGACGGUGGGCGACGCCGGCGGCAACCAAGAGAUGUACGUGCCAACCACUUCCUCCUCGUCCUCCAACGCCUCCCAGCUCCCCGCCACCAUCGACGGCACGGGGGUCCUCACCCAGGCCACGGCGGUGUCCGCGGGGGUGUCCGACCCCUCCUCCACGGAAAACUUCAACUCCCACAACCACCUACAGCAGAUGCAGGUGUCCUCCUCCAGCGCCACCACCAUCUCCCAGCCCAUCCUGCAGCUGUCGGGGGACGGCCAGGCCCAGGUGGCCCAGGGCCAGGACCUGAGCGGCGCCGGCCAGACCAUGCAGAGCGUGCAGCUGGUCAACCCGGGCACCUUCCUCAUCCAGGCCCAGACGGUCACCGCCACGGGUCAGAUCCAGUGGCAGACCUUCCAGGUUCAGGGCGUCCAGUCGCUGCAGGGGCUCCAGCUACCGCAGGGCCAGGGCCAGGCUCAGCAGCUGACCCUGGCCCCGGUCCAGACCCUUCCCCUGGGCCAGGCGGGCCAGGUCAGCCUCCCCAACCUCCAGACGGUCACGGUCAACUCCGUAACGCAGACCGGAGUCCAGUACGCGCAGGGAGAGGAGGCGAGGAGUCCAUCCGGCAUCCAGAUCAAAGAGGAGCCCGACUCGGAGGAGUGGCAGCUGAGCGGGGACUCCACGCUCAACCCCAGCGACCUGAGCAACCUCCGGGGGCCAAUGGGAGACGAGGACAUGGAGGCGGCGGGCGGAGACGGCAAGCGGCUCCGCAGGGUGGCCUGCACCUGCCCCAACUGCAAGGAGUCCGGAGGAAGGGGUUCAGGCGUGGGCAAGAAGAAGCAGCACAUCUGCCACAUCCCCGGCUGCGGCAAGGUCUACGGGAAGACGUCCCACCUGAGGGCUCACCUGCGCUGGCACAGCGGAGAGAGGCCCUUCGUCUGCAACUGGAUGUACUGCGGGAAGAGGUUCACCCGGAGCGACGAGCUCCAGAGACACAGGAGGACGCACACAGGAGAGAAGAAGUUCGUGUGCUCCGAAUGCUCCAAGAGGUUCAUGCGCAGCGACCACCUGGCCAAGCACAUAAAGACUCACCAGAACAAAAAGGGUGGCGGGCCCCCCUCCACGUCCCCGCCCACCACCGACGCCGUCAUCACCGCGGACGGAACCACGCUCAUCCUCCAGACCGCCACCGCCCACGACCUUGUAGCCAAUCAGGAGAUCCCUCUGCAGCUGGUCACCGUGGCGCCCGGUGAGGUCCUGGAGUGAGGAGGGUUAAUCUGACCGGCCAAUCACAGGGACCGCUUGAGCUUUCCUCUUUAUUUUUUUUCUUUUACUUUUUUUUUUUUUUAACAUAUGAAUAUAUACGUAAAUAUAUAUGACAAAUAUAUAUAUUUUAAGUGAAAUUUAUCUUUUUGUUUUUUGCAGUCUUUUUUUAUAGGGGGACGAAAAGAAAAAAAAAGAAAAAAAAACAUUAAAAUGUGGUUAUGUACACGUGGAAACACACCUGUCACCUGAAUUAACACUCAAGAACACAACGUGAAAUGCCUUACUUUGUAUGAUACUCUUGUAUAAAAUGCUGGAGGUGCAUGUUUUUUAAGCAUUGCAGAUCUUGUGACUGUAACGGACUUUAAUGUAGGAGGAGGAAGGAGAAGGAUGUCCAGAACCUCGCUCGCUCGCUCUCUCUGGGAUGUUUAAGGAGUUUUUCUUUCUUUCUUUCUUGUUGCUCCGGCGGCAGGAGGGCUGCGCGUGAAGCCGGGCGCUCUGUUUGAAGCGGCGUAACUUCCGGGUUUGACUGCUGCCAGGGAUGCGCCGCUAUUUUUUUUAUUUUUGUUUUUUAUUUUUUAAGAGGUGGUUCAACAUUUGGGUUAACAUCGACACUGGAAGCCCACGCUGACUUGUUCUCGUUGCGUUUCAGCUCGGUUUCCAGUGUUUGUGUUAAAGCCGCAAGUCGAGUUGGCUUCUCCGCAUUUUAGCCGCGCGCCAACAGGGCAGCGGCGCGCGCCUGAAAACAGCGCAGGUGGCGCCCACGGCCGUCUCACGAUCUGGAACAGAGAGCAACUUCUUCCAGUGUCUGCUCAGCUCGAGUAAAAUGUCCCAUCUGUCCUCCUGAGCACACCGUCCUCUCUGCUAUUCCCCCACAUAUUGCAGACAAGAAACGCCUCUUUACUUUUUUGUUUUUGUUUGUUUUUUUUCUUUCCCCCCACCUUCUGUAAAUUGAUCAUGUAUUUCACGUCUCUUUACUAACCGGGUGUCACCUAGACCAGAGCCCGCACGACGACGAUCAUAGAUUGUGAAGGAGAACGGGUCCAAAUGUUGCCAUGUGAGGAAACCAAAAGCAGCAGAUUGUCGUCCGACGUUCCUGCAGGGCGGCGUCGCGCCGAGCGGCUUUUCGCAAUAACUGCUCCGACGCUGGUUCUGGCCAGAUGCCGUUCGAAAGGAAAACAAUCAUGCCAUUUGACUUUUAUUUUUUUAAUUUUUAUUUAAUGUAAUCCUUUCCUCGGUUUGUCUUUAUAUUUGUAGCAUUCUUUUUACAUGUAUAUUAUCUUAUUUUCACCUUGUUUAUAGAAGCCAUUACGUAGUUAGCUGAAUUUGUCGUAUCAAAACCUUAUUUUAAUUUUUUUUUUUUUUAAAUUGGUGUAAAAAUUGAAUGUUACCUUUUGUAAAACCUUUUUUCAAAUGGAUCACAAUAAAAGUCUGAAAGCUU